UCACAUGACCACGCUGUAUAAGUUUAGCACGCGGUUGUUUGUUUCAGUGCUGCAGGUGCACGCGGAAGGACGAAAAGGUCACGCGAAAGCUUCCUUGCGUCCUGUAACGAUCAUUCACCGCUUUGUGCCUGCUCUCAGGUCGUCAUGAUUCUCGGGCUCUCUAUCGUUGUUGCUUUUGUGUUUGUCGGCGGGUGUGUGGCUGAUACUCCGGCUAACUGCACCUAUGAAGACCUGCUGGGCACCUGGAUCUUCAGUGUGUCUGAUGUGGGUCAAGAUCGGACCAUCAACUGCUCCAACACAGGUAAAGCAGUGAGAACAGUGACUGUGGAUCUGCAGAAGUUGUAUGUAGCUGUGGAUGAUCUCGGUCACACCGGGUUCUUCACGCUCAUCUAUAACCAGGGCUUUGAGGUGGUGAUCAAUGACUACAAAUGGUUCGUUUUUUUCAAGUAUUCUCAGCAGGGUUCAGAGGUGACCAGUUACUGUGAUCAGACACUGCCCGGUUGGGUUCAUGAUGUGUUGGGGAACAACUGGGCCUGUUUCACUGGGAAGAAAGUGCAACCCAUCCCACCACGAACUGACUACAAACCCCUGCUCGGAUACGAACACCAACUACUCUUGAAGCUGCCAUACCUUCAUAACAUGGAGUUUGUGGAUCAAGUAAACUCCGUUCAAAAGUCCUGGAGAGCCACAGCGUACAGUCACCACGAGGCCUACACCAUACUGGAGCUACUGAAGAGAUCAGGAGGACGUGCCUCCAGUAUACCGCGACGUGUCAGGCCCGUGACUGUUGGCGCAGACAUCGGUAAGAUGGCGGCUGGUCUUCCAGAGCGCUGGGACUGGAGAGAUGUGGAUGGUGUCAGUUAUGUGAGCCCUGUCCGCAACCAAGCCUCAUGUGGCAGCUGCUAUUCUUUCGCCACCAUGGGAAUGCUUGAGGCACGAGUCCGUAUCCAGACGAACAACACACAGCAGCCUGUUUUCAGCCCACAGCAAGUCGUGUCCUGCUCUCACUACUCACAAGGUUGUGAUGGAGGUUUUCCAUACCUGAUUGGUAAAUACAUCCAGGACUUCGGCAUUGUAGAGGAGGACUGCUUCCCGUACACCGGGGCCGAUUCUCCCUGCAAUGUUCCUGACAAGUGUGCAAGGUACUAUGCCUCUGAUUACCACUAUGUGGGUGGAUUUUAUGGCGGCUGCAGCGAGACUGCCAUGAUGCUGGAGCUGGUCAGGAAUGGCCCCAUAGGUGUAGCCCUGGAGGUGUACCCAGAUUUCAUGCACUACAAGGAGGGCAUCUACCAUCACACCGGCCUCCGUGACACCAACAACCCGUUCGAGCUGACCAAUCAUGCAGUGUUGUUGGUGGGGUAUGGGAAAUGCCAUAAGACUGGGGAGAAGUACUGGAUUGUAAAAAACAGCUGGGGAAAUGGAUGGGGCGAGAAUGGCUACUUCAGAAUCCGUCGUGGAACGGAUGAGUGUGCCAUUGAGAGCAUUGCAGUAGCAACUACACCAAUCGUCAAACUUUAAGAGCGUGUAGAAUCAUUGGUCAGUUGUAAUGAACAUGGCAUUUUUUUUUAUUUAAAUAAUUAUAAUUCUGCUGCCUGAAAUGGGAAAACAGUACUGUCCUUAUUUUAAUUUGUGGCCAAGUUGUUAAUCUUUUGGUUUUGUUUCACCCGUUUCCAUUUUCUCAAGGUGAACCUGAUCACCUGACUUGUCUGCUUGGAGACUAUGUAGUAUGAUCGCUUCACUGUCCUGUCAUCCGUCGUCUUCUGUUUCAGUUAGACUUUGCUGACAGGCAAGUACAAGAGUAAACAUUCUUACAUCUUAUACUAGAUAGGCUUGAGAGAUACUGAAAUUGAGACGGUCUAAUUUCUUACUAUAAGUAGGGAAAUAAAGGGUGGGUAGAAGGUUGUGCGUAGCCCAACAUGCUCCCCAUGGUGGGCUGAAGCCAUGAGCUUCUUUAUGAAGCCCACAAUAAGAGCCCACUGUAAGAUCACAGAAGGAAGAGUUGCUAGUCCUUAGUUUACAUUUGAGUGACCACCACUGGGCAACUCAUGGGCGUUAAGCAGAGUCUCAAAGGAUUCUGCCUCAACACAAUGUUUACCAGCCAAACACUCCGAGCCAAGUACCAGCCAAGUGCUGAACUCACCUGGCAUUGCUGAAUGACUGCCAAAGAGGACAAAUAUGCUGUAUGUUUAACCAGGGAGGAAGGAAAACUCUGACAUACUUGUACUGUAGAUUGGGUUUGAGUUACCUGUUAGCGUUGUGCGGAUCAUUCAGGUCAAAGUCCAUACUUUUGGUGCUGGUGUCCUGCAGUGCACCUGGGUCUCACCUCUCCAAUGUUGGUCUUUACUCUUGCAAUUGCCUGUCAGCAAAAUACACUUGCAACAAAUGUACAAACAUGAAAGUAGACAAAUAGAUGGAAGACUCCAACUUUAUUUUAGUCCUUGUUUACAACCUAAACUAGUCUUCAAGCUCCUUACUUUGGUGGCAAGGUUCUUCUCAUUGGUCCUGGCCUAGUCUAAUUUCAUGCGAGCCAAUGUCCACUUAAUCUCCAAAACUUUGACCUCUCUCUUGCUGGCAUCCAGGUAGUGCUCAAGAGACUUGUUCUCCUAUGCCUCCACAAACAUUGUCAUGCAGUUUGACACUUGAGCUGUAUCAGGAAUUCCUUAUUCAGCUGCUCCCAUGUUUGGGGAAACUUUUGAGAGCAAGCAUGGAGCCACUUUUUUUUUUUUUUUUUUUUUUUUUUCCCUCACACCACCUACAAUGCUAGCUCAGUUAUAAUCCUUUGUAAUGAAUCACUCUGAGCCUCAAUUUAUCUCUUUCCCCUCCACCAACAGUUGCCGUUUGCCAUUUAUUGGUGAUUCUUGACCACCCUACGAGGAAAUCAUGUUAGGGUGUUUUUUUUUUUUUAAUCUGGAGACUAGUUUUGAUUUAUGUAAAUGUAUGCAUAUUAACUUUUGUAAAUGUUGCAAUGCCAUGUUCAUUUAAACUAACCAGCUGCCUUGUUACCAGGACAAACCUUUGACCCAUGCACACUUUCUCUUGCCCUAUACACUUGCACUGUGAUUUGUCCCAGCAUUUGAAGUAGUAUGUCUCAUUUUUCAACUGCUUAGUGUGUGGUGUGUUUUUUUUUUUAAAAGGGAAUAUUUUAGAUUUGUAUUGAUCCAUGUGAGCUCAAUGUCACUGCAGUCUGCACCACUAUUUUAAUUACUUGGUGUUCAGAGAUUAUCAGAGUUUAUCAAUCACAAUAAAUGUUAUAAAGGGAUGAGAGCUUUUACAGUCCUGUAGGGCUAUUGGCCGAGAGACUACUUGAAUAAGUAAUCACUGAUUUUGCCUUGUUUUUUGUGUCAUGAUAUUUAAUAAAUUUGCUUUUUAAGGUA